GGGUCAAGGUUAUAAAACGUCCGCUCACAACAGCUCAACGCUAUUGUGCAGCAGCCAGAGAAAAGAAUAUGCUUAAACUGCAAACAAGACAUCGACCCAUCACAGGUUUUGGUCAUCAAAGGCGGAAACUUAUUACAAGCACAAGAUCUAUCAACGAUGAAGAAGAAAUUAGAUCUGCAAAAUCAUUUCAUGAAAUUCCAAGUCCCCAGGGCCUACCAUACAUUGGUAACUUACACAAGUACAUCGUGGGAUCUCUUAAUAAAUACAAAUACCAAAAUGUUCUAAAACAAUAUUUUGAUACGUAUGGGCCCAUUUUUAAACAGACAUUAGCUGGCAGAACCACCGUCCAUAUUUGUCACCCUUCGAUGUUUCAAAUCGUGUAUAAGGAUGAAGGAAAGGUUCCAACAAUUCUUCCACUGUUAGAAACCAGUAAGAAAUUUCGUACAGAAGAGAAAAUGUCACCAGGUCUGGGUAACACCAAUGGAGAAGAGUGGUAUAGACUUCGUACAGCCGUUCAGAAACACAUGAUGAAACCAGGAGAAGUUUCGGCAUAUUUAACCCAGACAAAUGAAGUUGCAAAUGACUUUGUGGAGAACUUGGCACGACUAAAAAAUGUGAACAAUUUUCUACAGGAAUCUUCAAAAUGGUCUCUAGAAACGUCUGGAUACAAUUGCUUUGGUAGAAGACUUGGUUACUUACAUCAAGGAACAGAAAGCGAACAAGAAGCAUUAAGAAUCAUUAAAAUGAAUGAUAUUCAAUUCUCUCUUUCAACAGAUUUAAAAUUUUCUUUACCCUUAUAUAAGUAUUAUAAAACAGCUACUUACAAAAAACUCUUUGAAGCUGAAGAAACAUUUACUGGCAUUGCAGACGCGUAUCUAGAUGAAGCAUUGCAAAAUAUUGACACCCAAAUUACAAAUGGAAAUGAUGAAACUAUAGCACAAGCUCAGGUGAAAUACAAGUUUAUUUUAGCAUUAAUGCAAUCGAAAAACAUAAGCAGAAAGGAUAUUGGUACUAUAGUACUCUCAUUAUUUGGGGAUGGUUUAAGGACAACUGUGCCUGCUUUAGUUUCCACAGUUUAUUGUUUGGCAUCAUCACCACGGGCGCAACAGACUUUAUUUGAAGAAGUCAACAGUGUUAUAGGAAAAAAACAGGAAGUAACUGUUGAAGAUGUUGCUAAUUUAACUUAUUUGAAAGCUUGUGUUAAAGAAGCACUUCGCCUGUUCCCAAUUGGUCUUGAGGUUGUACGAUUAAAUAACAAAGAUUUAGUACUUAGUGGUUUUCAUAUUCCUGCAGGAACUGUCAUUGAAAUGAACAACUUUAAUUUAUUUUCUAAUAGCAGUUAUUUCAAGGAUCCAGAAUCUUUCAUUCCAGACAGGUGGCUAAGGGGGUCAGAUGUCUCAGUUGUUGAUCCUUACAUUGUGAUGCCUUUUGGAAGAGGGCCACGCAUGUGUGCAGGUCGCAGGUUUGCUGAACAAGACCUUUAUGUUUUGGUCAGUAAACUUAUUCAAAAGUUCAAACUAGAUUGGCAGGGAGGUAACUUUACCCAGGAAUAUAAAAUUUUAGUAUAUCCAGACUGUGAUACACCCUUUAAAUUUGAACCAAGGUAAAAGAUGAACAAUGGAAGAGUCUUACAGAACAAUCUUGGUGUCCACUAUUUCAGCAUGUUUAAUUUAUACUUUGAUUACUUUUGUUCAAUAAACAUUAUUUUAGAUCAGAUACGUACGAAUGUCUCUUUAAAAGCACAAAAAAUAAAAACAAGAAAAAUAAAUUGAUAAAAGGGGGGGGGGGGCUAUCGACACCACACUAACAAACGGUUUUUUUAUUUGUUGUCCUUUAUAUUAAAUUUAAUGAACCAAACCGCAUAUACUUAAAUCGAUAUUAGGCUUAUGCCAGUCGGAAAAACUGUAACCAUUCAGUAAUUAUGACAUUUUAUGCUUCGUUUUAAUUAUAUAUGACUAAGAACAGAAACGUGUAAUAUUCAAGUAUUUAUGUACAGUUUUAAACAUUUUAGCGUUUUCAUAUGUAUUACAAUUUUACCUAAACAGUAAGGAUUGGCUGUUUUUGUUUUUCAUCGGAAGUGUAUCAAUUGUUUCUUUUCUAGCUUUUAGAAAUAUAGGGCAGUGGAAGAUAAGGUGUUCACAAUCCUCUAUAGCAUUUCCACAGUGGCAAAUAGGGUCAUCUGAUAUAUGCAUUUGGGUCACUUUUGAGAUUUCUGAAUUUACAGUGAAGAAUUUGAUUUUGUCUAUCGCCUAUAUAAUAAAUUUCGGGUGCUGGCUGUACAGAAUUAUUUUGCCCGAUCUUUGAUUUAAAUUGUUAUAGCGUUCCUGAUUUUCGUAUGUCGCUAGCAAGACUAUUCCAAAAGAGUUUUGAUAGUGUGAGAUUCUGCAAUUUAUUUCUUUAAUAUAGUCAGAGUUUCUCAAUUUGUAUGGUUGAUGUGAUGAAAUUUGAGGUGGUAUGAGAUUUGAUGUAAUUUGAGGUGGUAUGAGAUUUCAGAGGAAUUUCGGAAUAAGAUUAUUCAUUAUCUUAUUGCAAAUUACUAAUUUAUGUUGAAAACGCCUGUAAGAAAGAGAUGCAGAUCAGAUUCUUUAAGUAAUACCUGGUGAGAAGUGUCUCUUGGUAAGCCGGUGAUUGUUCGCAUUGUAUCGAGAUGGAGUUUUUCUAAUUGUUCAAACUUUUCAUUUGUACAGUUGUUUCAGGCGACACCUGCAUAGUCAAAUAUUAGAAGGAUAUAAGAUUUAUAUAGUAUCUCGAGAGUUUUAUGUUUUAAUCUGUAGGCCCUAUUUGAGAGACCGGAAACAGUUUACCAUGGUACUUGUUUUGCUUGUUUUAGCUUGGUUAUUGAAAAAAACGCCCAGAUGUUUAUGGGGGAAAUCAUCUGUUAUAUCAUAGUUAUAUGAAAGAUUGAAUAGUGAUGCGAACAGCUUCCUUGAAGAAGCCAGGCUUUUAGUUUUCUAAGGGUUGAAAUCCACUUUCCAAUUGAUUGACCGGUUACAGAUUCGUUUGAUAUCAUAAUUGAGAAUUUGCUGAGUAAGAAGAGGAUUAUCAAUUAUGAGGAAAAGGGGGGUGUCGUCACCGAAGAUGCGUAUGCUGAAACUGAUAUCAUCCACAAUAUCGUUUAUAUAGGCAAGGAAAAGUAGAUAGAGCCUUGGGGAACUCUAGAAGUAAAAGCUUUUGAUAAUGAAAAUUUACUACCUAAGACGACUUUCUGGGAGCGAUUUUGUAAGUAACUAACAAUAAUUUUGUAAGUUUUCCCCCUAAUACCUAUUAAUGAGAUUUUAUGUAGUAAGCCUCGGUGCCACACUUUGUCGAAAGCUUUACUAAUAUCGAGAACCAGUGGUUGCCAGGCAAGGUACGCCCACAUUUUGCAACAGAUGAAAACAGAACAAGCUAUAAACAAAAGUGAUUUUUCGUACAUUCAGGGGCCAACCUUCAUUGAAGUGUAACGGUGAUAUAUUUAACCAUUUUUUUUUUUUAAAAUUGAAUCCAAAAUGUGACUUCUAGACGGUCCACAAGCUAAAAACGUGAUUUUUCGAACAAUCAGGGGCCAUAAUCCAGGAAGUUAAGUUCCAGUAUGCGUGAUUAUCGAACGAAACCGAGAUUUUUGUGAUAUAAACAUAAAUUUAAAAUUUCAUCAAAAUCGGAUUAAAAUUGUGACCUCGAGAGGGUCCACAACCUUGAUAUGACAUACUUUUACACUAUUUGCGUUCAAGGAGCGGCCGUUUUGUCCGACAGUUUCUGUCCGAUUUUCACGAAAUUCGAACUCAACCCUUAUUAUGGUGUAAUGGUGAUAUAUUUAAACGGUUUUUUUUUUCAAAAUCGGAUAAAAAUUGUGGCUUCUAGAGAGACCACAUGCUAAAACGGGUUUAUUCGUAAAAUCAGGGACCAUAAUCCAGGAAGUUACAGUCCGAUAUGCGCGAAUAUCGUAAGGAACCGAGAUCUUUGGCUUAUAAACAUACGUUUCAAGUUUCAUCAAAAUUUGAUAAAAAUUGUGAGCCCUAGAGUGUCCACAAGCUAAAAAAACCCAUGACUUUUCGUACAAUCAGGGGCCAUGAUCCAUGAAGUUACAAUCUGAAACAUGCCAAUUUCGAAAGGAAUCGAGAUCUUUGCGAAAUACACCUAUAUUUCAAGUUUCGUCAAAAUCGGAUAAAAAUUGUGACCUGUAUCUAAGUAUCCACAAACAAAUUGUGAACGGACCCACGGACGGACGGACAGGGGCGACAAAAAUACGUCCACAUGAAAAUGUGGGCGUAUAAAAAUUGCUUUCACUUCUAGCCCUUUAUCAAGGGACUUACAUAUAUAGUCGUACAUCUCAAUCAGUUGAAAUACAGACGAACUUUGAUGUUGAAAACCUGUUUGAAGGGGGGUAAUAAUUCCUUCUUUUAAAAUGAAGUUAUGAAUAUGUUUCUGUUGAAAAAAGUGAUUCAAAGACUUUACCCAGAGAGCUUAGCAUUGCAAUGAGAUAGGUCUGUAGUUGGAACAGUUGUGGAUGCCACCUUUUAUGUAGAUGGGGAUAAUAUUAUAGAUGCUGUUGUGACAAUAGAUUUUUGAAUUAUUAUUUUAAUGUAUGAUUGAGGUAUUUUUUGGUCAAAAGAUGACAUAGAAAAUCCAGUCCACAUGAUAUGUAAGGCCUGAAGAGUUGUAAAGUUGAAAAAAUGUGAAGUCUCUGAAUUAUUAUACGAACAUUGUCAUUUUGAUAAAUUCGCACAUGGCCAGGUUGAAAGUCCGCGCUGAUCAAUAUUUUACGAACCAAGGGAAGUAACGCCAUUUUGUGAAACCCUUCAAAUAGGGAUCAGACCAAUUCGAUUCUUGAUUGUAAUUUUGAAAUGUUUGUAUCUUUUCAAUUAGAAUAAUUUGGUCAGAAUUUGCUGUUUUCUCUCCUGUUGAAUAUGAUUAAAUAUUCGUCUUUGAAGAAAUAUCGUACUGCGAACUGUAUUGCUUGAAAUAUAGAAAUAAACAGUGAUUAAUAUUGAAA